CGUACGGGUUUCUGACAGUAGCCGCUCCGGCCUGGCCGAGCAGGAUGAACAGGAAACUUUCUCCCAGCACUCGCCGUCCUAUCUUCGGCCAGAUGUUCACGGGGAGAAUCGUGAUUACCACCUGUAUGCUGGUUGUUAUUUAUGCGGUUCCAGAAAAAAUACCAAUUGGAGCCAUAUUUACACCAGGUACAGAUGAACUGCAGACAGCUCUUAAGUACACCUUCCAUAUUCACAACACUAACGACACACAAGCUCGCUUUAAAGUUGAGCCAGUUAUUGAUCUUGUAGACAGUGAGGACCCUUUCAAAAUAGCCCGGACAUUGUGCCUGCAAAUGAACAGGGGUAUCUUUACCCUUGUUGCACCAACAGGAGAAGCCUCCUACGAUACUUUAGCUUCAUAUUCUAAUACAUUUCAAGUGCCAUUCAUAAGUCCAGCCUUCCCGGAGCUGAGCAGUGAUAGGCCAGCCUUUUACGGACUCAGUUUACGUCCUCGCUAUUUGAGAGCGAUCUUAGACGUCAUCAUGUAUUACGAAUGGAAGACGAUUUAUUACCUUUACGACACUGAUGGGGGUUUGUUAAAACUGCAGCAUAUCUUCCGCUUGACGACGGAUAAAUACAAGCUAGAAGUCAAAGUCGUGAAGAGAAUAGCUAAUGCUUCAGAUGCGAAUGCUUUUCUGCGUUCAUUAGAGUCAAACGAGAGAGAAAGUCUCAAAUACGUUGUCCUAGAUUGUAGUGCAGAUACCGCUAGGAAGAUAAUAGUGAACCAUGUGCAAGACAUUUAUAUGGGAAGACGUAAUUACCACUUUCUUUUGACGAGUUUGGUAAUGGACGAAUACUUAAACAGUCAAGUUCUAGAGUUUGGGGCUAUUAAUGUCACAGGAUUUCGAAUUCUACAACCAACAAGUGUUGAUUUCCAGACAUUCGUUCCAGCGUGGAGUUCUUUGGAUCCCAAUAGGUGGCCUGGAGCAGGAACCCAAUAUAUAUCGGCUGAAUCCGCACUGAUGUAUGAUGUGGCAAAGGUUAUCCUCGACGCGUACAGCCGUUUAUUAAGAAGGAACCCCGACAUAUUUCGAAACAACUUCAGACGUGGUGAAGUAUAUAAUAAUGGUACCAGAGGCAUCGACUGUCGCCGAGCGCCAGUGCUUCCAUGGGAACAUGGCGAAAGAAUUACUCGGAUAUUUAAAAAGACUCAUAUUCAAGGCUUAACUGGAAAUAUAUCAUUUGAUGAACUUGGAUAUCGAACAAAUUUUUCGAUUGAUGUCGUUGAAAUGACUGUGACAAGUAAGAUGGUAAAAAUUGCUGAAUGGUCCGAUCAAAAUCAUCUGCAACAAGUUCCACCAAUCAGAAAGAGAGUUCCGGAAUCCCAAGUUAUUUUUGAAAAUAAAACUUAUAUAGUCACUAGCAUUUUGGAGGAACCGUAUUUGAUGAAGAAGAAAACCGAACCUGGAGUCAAUUUAGAAGGCAAUGAAAGUUUCGAGGGUUACUGUAAGGAUCUGGCGGACUUGAUUGCUGACUACUUGAAGUUCAACUACGUGCUGAAACUGGUUAAUGAUUCCCACUACGGAGGCCUGGAUUCCAACUCGCCUGUAGGAUGGAAUGGAAUGGUCGGGGAGCUCAUCGGCAAAGAAGCCGAUAUGGCUAUUGCACCUCUUACUAUAACUUCCGCAAGGGAACGAGUCAUUGAUUUCACCAAGCCUUUCAUGUCUCUUGGCAUCAGUAUCAUGAUAAAAAAGCCAAUGAAAAAGAAACCUGGAGUUUUUUCCUUCAUGAAUCCACUUUCGAAAGAAAUCUGGAUGUGCAUCAUCUUCGCUUAUGUUGGAGUCUCUGUAGUUCUGUUUCUGGUGAGUCGCUUCUCUCCCCAUGAAUGGCGAUAUGAAGAUUCAUUUAUUGGCCCAUCUAUGGCCAAUGAUUUUUCACUCUACAACAGUCUAUGGUUCUCACUAGGAGCUUUCAUGCAACAAGGAUGCGAUAUUUGCCCAAGGUCCAUAGGAGGUCGAAUUGUUGGCAGCGUCUGGUGGUUUUUUACUUUGAUCAUCAUCUCUUCCUAUACUGCUAAUUUAGCAGCUUUUCUCACGGUAGAAAGAAUGGUAACGCCCAUAAAUUCAGCGGACGAUUUAGUUAAACAAACAGAAGUAGAAUAUGGAACACUCAGAUAUUCUUCAACACAGGAAUUUUUUAAGCGAUCCAAAAUCAAUGUGUAUGCUCGUAUGUGGGAGUUCAUGAAUUCCAGAAAACACGUUUUCGUGUCAUCUUAUGAAGAAGGCAUAAGACGCGUCCGAGAAUCCAAAGGGAAAUAUGCAUUUCUCAUGGAAUCGACUAAGAAUGAUUACAUUAAUGAACGACAACCAUGUGAUACGAUGAAGGUGGGUCGUAACCUCGAUGCCAAAGGUUAUGGAGUAGCCACUCCGCUGGGAUCAAACCUUAGGGACCAAUUGAAUCUCGCAGUAUUAUCACUAAAGGAAAAAGGUGAUUUGGCGAGGCUGGAAAACAAAUGGUGGUUUGAUAGAAGUGAAUGCAGGAAUGGAGACACCAAAGAAUCGUCUCAAAAUGAAUUAACUCUGAGUAAUGUAGCAGGAUGUUUCUACAUUUUAAUAGGAGGACUUGUGCUAGCCAUGGUGGUAGCAUUAUUGGAAUUUUGCUACAAAGCUCGAAUAGAAGCUGUGAGAUCAAAGAUGAGCAUCUGUGAAGCAAUGGCGAGCAAAGUCAGACUUUCCAUAACAGGAGCAGGAGACACAGAAAGAGCAAGGCCUCAGUAUUUUCUUCCAACAGAACCUCUAGUGAGUUCUGAAGGCCUAUGUGAGCAAGUGAAUUAUCAUACAAUGGUGUGAAAAUUAUAACAAUUCUUUUUACCCAUCCUACACAAAGAAGGUGGACAUUUUUAUGAUACCAUUGGCGUCGUAUGAGCUGCUACCUGAACCUCGGUCGAAAUGGAGAGGAUGAUAGCUCCUUUUUUUCCAUCAGUAUUUUUUUCCAUUUGUUUUGUGCUUGAA